AAGUACAAACCAAUCAUGCAUUGACAAAAGUGUAAGACUGUAGACUGUAAUAACAAUGACGAUUGACAAGGGUGUUUCUGUCAAUUCGCUGUUCUCCAAAUUCUUAUCUUACCUGCAUACAUACCAUAAUAAUGCCGUCAUAAUAAUAUCGAAGUCUCUUUUGUUGAGUCUGUUCCGUUUCAAUUUUCAUACAAUGGAAACUUCUAGAAACCCAUGGAUAAUGUUUUUACCCAUACUGUUUAUCUCUCUGUUCUACACCACAGGAUCGUUAUCCCAAACAUCGUCAGCCAUAAGAUUGAAAUUGGCACGAGCUGGUUUGAAGAGGGAGGUUAGGAUGCGAGCAGGGAAAGCGUUUAAGAUUGCAGUAUUUGCUGACCUGCAUUUUGGAGAAGACGCGUGGACAAACUGGGGCCCACUUCAAGAUGUAAACUCCAUUAAAGUCAUGAAUACGGUGCUCGACUAUGAAACUCCAGAUUUUGUAAUAUAUCUUGGUGAUGUGAUUACGGCUAACAAUAUAAUGAUUGGAAAUUCAAGUUUGUAUUGGGAUGAAGCAACCUCUCCAGCAAGAAAUAGGGGCAUACCUUGGGCCAGUGUAUUCGGAAAUCAUGAUGAUGCUCCAUUUCAAUGGCCAUUGGAGUGGUUUUCUGCUCCUGGUAUUCCUCCCAUUCACUGUCCUCAAACAACUACUUCAUAUUCAUAUUCAGGAGAAGAAGAAUGUAGCUUCAGAGGAACAGGACGAUUGGAGCUGAUGAAAAAUGAGAUCAAGCACAAUGCAUCAUUUUCUAGCUAUGGUCCAAGAAACCUUUGGCCUAGUGUAUCAAAUUAUGUCGUUCAAGUUUCCUCGUCGGAUGAUCCGCAAUCACCGGUGGCUUUCCUCUACUUCCUAGAUUCCGGUGGAGGUUCCUAUCCAGAAGUCAUAUCUAGUGGCCAGGCAGCAUGGUUUCUGCAGAAAUCUGAGGAAAUUAAUGCUAACUCUAGGGUUCCUGAGAUAAUUUUCUGGCAUAUACCAAGUAAGGCCUAUAAGGUUGUGGCUCCUAAGUUUGGGAUACAUAAGCCUUGUGUUGGUUCAAUCAACAAGGAAAAAGUUGCUGCUCAAGAAGCUGAAACCGGUAUCAUGGACCUUCUUGUUAAAAGAACUUCUGUUAAGGCAAUAUUUGUUGGACACAAUCAUGGAUUGGACUGGUGCUGCCCAUACAAGAAACUAUGGUUAUGCUAUGCCAGGCACACCGGCUAUGGCGGCUAUGGUGAUUGGCCUAGAGGAGCUCGAAUUUUAGAGAUCACUCACAAGCCCUUUUCUCUACGAUCUUGGAUAAGGAUGGAGAAUGGUAAUGUGCAUAGUGAAAUUGUCUUGAGCUGAAACUUCAAAGAAACAAGAGCACACAUGCAAUCAAAGUGUAUAAAAUUGUAAUGCAUUUUUUGCAUCAACGACUGGUAUUUUAAACCCGUGCAAUGCACUUAUAGAUAACUGUUUGUAUUCUUGUAUACAUAAUUACAUAUAGCAUUUUCCUAUUGAAAAGUUAGUGACAUAGGCUUAAAAUUU